AUGAACAUAGACGUUGACCUUGACGUUGACCUCCUGAUUGGCGAUGUUGUGGAGGCUUCCAAACUGCCUGCAAAACGGCGGGCGACCAGCAUCAAGCCUACUGUUGAGAAGGUCGCAUCAUCCGCAUUUGAAAAUGGCCUUCUUCCCGACUCCUUGAGCGAACUCAUUGACCUACUCACGAGGCCAAACCUGUUGGAUCAGGCAAGCUUGAAUACAAUACUCAAGAAUCUUUACCCCGCUACUCGGCUAUCCAGUGAUGUCGUCCUGAGGGUUGUGGGAUGCCUCGGCCAUGGGGAACUGAAGCCUUCCCUGGUUCUGCAGUCGAACAUUCUGAAAUGGCUAAUCAUGGCAUACCAUGUCAUCGAAAAACCUGCCAUCUUGUCGCAAGCCUACGCUGUUUUGUUCAACUUGCUAGAUACGGCAGCCAUUCGAAAACACGUCCGGCCUUUUAGGAUCCAAGCUGUACAAACAGGGAAUGACCCAGCAUUGACAGGGCUCCUCCGGGUCUUCAAAGACUACUAUCCUGAAAUCAUCGUCAGCGAUGCCUUGAGGGGCAGGGCCUCGGCAUUCAAGCACCCCGACGUGGAAUGGCGCGAAAGGUUGAACCAGAUCCAACAUGACCAUUCUCAACGGACUGCCGAAGCAGCCAGUCAGCCUCGGAACGGCUUCAGCGUCAACCAUCAGGCUUUACGGGCCCGCGGCAAUAAGUCCUCCAAUCUCCCUCCAGUCUAUACUUCAGAAGCCACAGAGACCUCCGUCACUCUAGAAGAGAUUGAUAGCGCCGAUCGUCUUGCUCAGACAGUCGAGAAGAUUGAGCUACCCAACCAGCUUGCGGCUGUACUAGCGGAUCCCCUCUUGCAAAAAUUCGUUGCCCUGAAAAAGGAUGAUGCUGCUUCAAAGCGCGUGGUUCAUUGGAUCGAUGCCGUGCUCGAAGACGUGCUCAACGGUCAUGCCGAUGACAAGUCGUUCGCGGAGACGAUGGAAAUGCUGGAGGAAUACGUGGCUCGCGUUAAAGAAACUCCACUGGUCGUCUUGCAAUUUUUGACGAAAUUAUUCACGACAUGGAACGGCGUUGAUGCUCGGGAUUCCAUCCUAGGCAUCCUCCAGUACGCGCCUCUCGUGGUGUUUGAUGGCAAGCGUUUCAACCUCGUUUUCUUCAUCAACUUUGCUGACUGUGUAACAGAGCUGUACAAUGUAAUUCUGAAGCCACUAGAGGGGUGCCUCCCUCCAACGGCCGAGUCGCAGCUAGCACUGCUCAAACUUUACCAAAACCUCCUCCGCCGCUGGACCUUUGUUCUCAACUCGCUUGACCAAGUACCCAAAGAUGCCCCCGUCAAUGCCUUUUUCGCAGUCAUGGAGCACGCAAGCAUCAUCGCCCUCAACAUUGUCCAAGCUUCCCCCAGCGCGGCUGUCCACGGCGGUGUCCUCGACCUGUAUGAACAGGCUGCCGCCAGCAUCUCUGACCCUACACUUCAACCUCUCCUCCGCAUUGCCAAUCCGCCCGCGCAGCUCAUCUACCUCCUCUUCUUCAGCCGCUCCCUAGCAAACGUGUCGCGCCUGUGCACCGUCCUCGCCAUAUACAAGAAGGGCUUCGAGAUGGCCAUGUCCAGGCGACAGCCGACAACGUAUGCCCCGAGCUACGUGAACCAUUUCAACGGGUACCUCAUGGACAUUUGCAACUGCCUCUGGCGCGGCAAGGCUUUCAACGAUGGCGAUAAGAACGCUCUCGGCUGCCUUAGCGCGGGCCCCGUCACACAGCGGCUGCGCAGAUAUGUCGAAGACCUGGGUAUGGACCUUGCGCUCCCGACGCUGUUUGGGUUCUCCUACUCGCCGCUUUUGAGCUUGCAGGCCAUUGAGUGUAUCCGCGAGCUGGAGGAUCGUGAGCUAGCUGCGAACGAGGACGCCAUCUCUACACGGCACGCGGGGCCGGUGACGUCAAACAGUUUAGCAAGGUUGGCAGACGCAAGGGGGUUGCGCAUCACUUGGUCCGAGUAUAGGAUCAUUGUUCUGCGGGCAUUGGAGAGCAAGGGGUUGGGCGGUAUCCCGUCGUUGAUGAAGAAUACCAUGAAGGUCCUCAUGAGCUCCAAGAGUACCACAUAG